AUGGGUUCGAUGGCGAAACCAAACCUGAAAGGUCGCCUCAACGGUAGCAACAUUAACCCCAAUGUUUUGGCUGCCAAGUAUGCCGUCCGUGGUGAACUAGCCGUCAAAGCGGAGGAAUACCGUGUAAGGCUGGAAAAUUCUGCGACCAACCAGGUUGCUCAGGAUGUCCUUCCAUUCGACAAGGUCAUCUUCGCCAAUAUCGGAAACCCCCAACAGUUGGACCAGAAACCCAUCACCUUUUUCCGCCAGGUCCUCAGCAUUCUCGAAUACCCCGCUUUGCUCGACAACGAGGAAGCAUUGAGAACAUCCUUUGGCUAUAAACAGGAUGUGAUUGAUAGGGCGAAGAAGCUUCUGAAGGCUGUCCAGAGCGUAGGCGCUUACAGCCAGAGCCAUGGCGUUCCUGCUGUUCGUGAGAGUGUAGCCAGAUUCAUCGAACGCCGUGACGGCUUCCCUGCAGACCCGGCCAGAAUUUAUCUCUCUGCGGGUGCAUCAUCUGGAGUCAACACAUUGCUCCAUGUUCUUUGCGCCGGCCCAAAAACGGGCGUUCUCGUUCCUAUCCCUCAAUACCCACUCUACACUGCUACCUUGUCGCUGCUGAACGCCCAGUGUGUGCCGUACUACCUUGACGAAAGCGACUCGUGGGGCACUGAUGUUGAAGCCAUCCGCGCAGCGCUUGCGAAGGCCCGUGAAGAUGGCAUUGAGGUUCGUGCGAUCGUGGUUAUCAACCCUGGAAAUCCCACGGGUGCUAGUCUAAGCCCCGAUGCAAUCAAGAGUGUGAUCGACGUCGCCGUCGAAUCUAAUCUCGUUAUCCUCGCGGAUGAAGUAUAUCAAACAAACGUCUUCAAGGGUGAGUUUACCUCUUUCAAAAAGCGUCUUCGGCAAUUACAACAAGUUGCGCCGGUCGAAUACGACCAUGUCGAACUGGCAUCGCUGCAUAGCAUUUCCAAGGGUGUGGUGGGCGAGUGUGGCCAUAGAGGUGGUUAUUUCGAGCUUGUCGGUUUUCACCCGGAUGUGGUGGAGAAUAUUUAUAAAUUUAUUAGUAUCAUGCUGUGUGCGCCGGUCACCGGUCAAUGUCUCCUGGAGAUGAUGGUCAACCCGCCUGUUGAAGGCGAUCCGAGCUACGAGCUGUAUCAGAAGGAAUGUAAUACCAUCCGGGAUGGGUUGUUUGAUCGUGCGCAGGCACUUUAUAAAGCUUUCCAGCAGAUGGAGGGGGUUGAAUGCCAGGAACCUGGGGGCGCUAUGUACCUCUUCCCAACCAUAAACUUGCCCCCCAAGGCCAUCGAAGCCGCCAAAGCUGCCAAUCGUGAGCCAGACGAGUUUUACGCCCUCCGCCUCCUGGACGCAACGGGUGUCUGUGUGGUCCCAGGAUCUGGCUUCGGUCAAAAGGAAGGCACUUUACAUUUCCGCACCACAUUCUUGGCACCGGGGACGGCGUGGGCGGAUAAAAUUGUCAAAUUCCAUAAGGAAUUUAUGAAUAAAUACAGCUGA